UUUGCCCAAAUGUUCUUUAUUCUGCUAACGGGAAGCAAUGAAGCUUGCAUUCUUGCAGCAAUGGCCUAUGACCGAUACGCUGCCAUUUGCAAACCCCUCCAUUAUGUACAAAUUAUGAUCAAAGCAUGUUGUAGAUGGCUGGUGGGUGGUGCAUGGACAACAGGUUUCUCAUUUGCCUUGAUAAACACCUUUCCUGCUUUGAAGCUGGAUUUCUGUGGACCAGAUUUUAUCAGGGAUUUCAGCUGUGAAAUUCCAUCUGUACUUGCCUUAUCUUGCACAGACACACUCUCCAAUUGGAUAGUAUUCCUCAUAACUGGUAGUACCGUUGCCAUAUCUUCACUAAGUCUGAUUCUAUUUUCCUACAUCCACAUCAUCUCAACUAUCCUGAAGCUGAACUCCACAGAAGCAAAGAGAAAAACUUUCUCUACCUGUAGUGCUCACCUUACUGUUGUGAUUUUGUAUUAUAGUUUUGGAUGUUUUAGGAAUAUGAGGCCCAGCUCAGCCUCCUCAAUUAUUGUGGAUGAACUCUUCUCCGUUCAGUAUAGCAUUUCAACACCCAUGCUGAACCCCCUUAUCUCCAGCCUGAAAAACAGGGAAGUAAAGGAAACCAUCAAAAAGUUAAUGGGCUACAAACCCUGA